GGUAUUAACUCUUCUACGUCUCUCUUUGUAAUACCCCAAAAAUUUCAAGAACAUUAAAGUUGAGUUAGGGACUUCAUGCCAUUUUUGCGUGUCUGCUCUGUCUCUUUUUCUCCUCUGCAGCCGGAAAUAAACCAGCCAUCACCGACGCUCCCAUCUGAGAAAUUGAUCUGCUGUCUUCUUCCUCCCCUGCCGCUGGUUGCUGCUGGGUGUGAGCUUCGGUUUUCCUGUGGUCCCCGUGGAAGCCCUCCAAUUUUCCGCCAGCUCUUCCCCAUACCCGCCAGCUCCAGCCUUGCUUGUUGAGAAUUUCUGGUAGGUUGGCUUCUCUAAUUUCUGAAAAUUGGUUGAUUAAUUGCUACCUUGUUGAGCUUAAUUGGUUGUAUGGGUACUUGGGUUGUCCGAAAAUCUACUGGAAGUGGGGGAUGAAUUUUGGUAGCCUUGAAAUGAGUUUUUAAGUCAAAUUAUGUAGGAAAUCCUUUAAUUGGGCUGCUGUGAUGUUGUAUGAAAGAAAAAGAGAAACUAGAUAUUACCUGAGUUUUAAAUCUAAAUUAUCUGAAUUAGUAAUUAUGAACUUAGUAGUUUGAGCCUUGUGCAUUUGUGGGACCCGUUCCUGAGUGCACGAUGUCUGUUUCGCUCUUGGUUUUGGGGCGUGACAGAUUUUGUGGUAUCAGAGCUUAGGUUUAAUUAAGUGCCUAGGAUUAGCCUAAAACUUGGCUAGCAAAUAAAUGAUAGGAACGUGGUAAGGCAUGAGAGUGGGGUUGAUUAAAGGCGUUUGUUUGAUUCUUUCCUUAAUGUGUGUUGGUUUCCUUUGUUUUGAUAUUUUUGUGUUGCUUGGUCCCGAAAGUGGAAACUUGUCGGGAAAUUUCUCAUUGGAGCAUUUGAUUACACUACAAGCAGAUGUAUCUAUAGUGACAGAAGUUUUCCGUCUGUAUACAUCCUUAUUCCGUCAGUAUAGACCCCCAAAGACUAUUCCG